UUAAGUGUAUUGCCACACCCCCAAGGAUUAGGCCCACUUUUUACAGGUCAAUGGAAUCUUUAUGCUCAAAACCCCGAUUCCGGUAGUCAUUUAUUUGGUACCUCCCAAGGAGCAGGAACCGCCAUUCUAACACUUUUAGGGGGAUUCCAUCCGCAAACACAAAGUUUAUGGCUUACCGAUAUUGCCCAUCAUCAUUUAGCUAUUGCAUUGAUUUUUCUCGUUGCUGGUCAUAUGUAUAGAACUAACUUUGGGAUUGGACAUAGUAUAAAAGAUCUUUUAGAAGCCCAUAUUCCUCCAGGAGGUAGAUUGGGACGUGGGCAUAGGGGUCUUUAUGACACAAUCAAUAAUUCAAUUCAUUUUCAAUUAGGCCUUGCUCUAGCUUCUUUAGGGGUUAUUACUUCCUUGGUAGCUCAACACAUGUACUCUUUACCUGCUUAUGCAUUUAUAGCGCAAGACUUUACUACCCAGGCUGCGUUAUAUACUCAUCAUCAAUACAUCGCAGGAUUCAUUAUGACAGGGGCUUUUGCUCAUGGAGCUAUCUUUUUUAUUAGAGAUUAUAAUCCAGAACAGAAUGAAGAUAAUGUAUUGGCAAGAAUGUUAGACCACAAAGAAGCGAUCAUAUCCCAUCUAAGUUGGGCCAGCCUCUUUUUGGGGUUCCAUACUUUGGGACUUUAUGUGCAUAAUGAUGUCAUGCUUGCUUUUGGAACUCCAGAGAAACAAAUCUUGAUCGAACCUAUAUUUGCCCAAUGGAUACAAUCUGCUCAUGGUAAAACUUCAUGGUUCGAUGUACUUUUAUCUUCAACAAAUAGUCCGGCGUUCAAUGCUGGGCGGAGCAUAUGGUUGCCUGGUUGGUUAAAUGCCAUUAAUGAGAAUAGUAAUUCUCUAUUCUUAACAAUAGGGCCCGGAGACUUCUUGGUUCAUCAUGCCAUUGCUCUUGGUUUACAUACAACAACAUUGAUCUUAGUAAAAGGUGCUUUGGAUGCGCGCGGUUCCAAAUUAAUGCCGGAUAAAAAGGAUUUUGGUUAUAGUUUUCCUUGCGACGGUCCAGGACGGGGUGGUACUUGUGAUAUUUCGGCAUGGGACGCAUUUUAUUUGGCAGUUUUCUGGAUGUUAAAUACCAUUGGAUGGGUUACUUUUUAUUGGCAUUGGAAACACAUUACACUAUGGCAGGGUAAUGUUUCACAGUUUAAUGAAUCUUCUACCUAUUUGAUGGGAUGGUUAAGAGAUUAUCUAUGGUUAAAUUCUUCACAACUUAUCAAUGGAUAUAAUCCUUUUGGUAUGAAUAGUUUAUCAGUCUGGGCAUGGAUGUUUUUAUUUGGACAUCUUGUUUGGGCUACUGGAUUUAUGUUCUUAAUCUCCUGGCGCGGAUAUUGGCAGGAAUUGAUUGAAACUUUAGCAUGGGCUCAUGAACGUACACCCUUGGCUAAUUUGAUUCGAUGGAGAGAUAAACCGGUGGCUCUUUCAAUUGUGCAAGCAAGAUUGGUUGGGUUAGCCCACUUUUCUGUAGGUUAUAUAUUUACUUAUGCGGCGUUUUUGAUUGCUUCUACAUCGGGCAAAUUUGGUUAAAUAAAUUCUUUAAUAAAUUCUUUAUUUGAUCCGCAAAAAUAUCAUUUCUUUCUAUAGAGUAGGAGACCCGCCUUAUUUUAUUUCUACAUCUAGGAUAAGACUUCUAUCAUUGAUACGAAUUGGUAAUAAAACAUUAUGGCAAGGAAAAGCUUGAUUCAGAGGGAAAAGAAAAGACAAAAGUUGGAACUAAAAUAUCAUUUGAUUCGCCGAUCCUCAAAAAAAGAAAUAAGCAAAGUUCCAUCGUUAAGUGAUAAAUGGGAAAUUCAUGGAAAGUUAGAAUCACUACCGCGUAAUAGUGCACCUACACGUCUUCAUCGACGUUGUUUUUCGACCGGAAGGCCGAGAGCUAAUUAUCGAGACUUUGGGUUAUCUGGACACAUACUUCGGGAAAUGGUUCAUGCAUGUUUGUUGCCUGGUGCAACAAGAUCCAGUUGGUAAGGAGGAAAAAUUCUCUUCAUUUUUUUAGUCAUUUUUAUAAUCAGCGAUUAUAGGGGGUCCCUUUACCAUUCUGUAUAAAUGAUAUAUUCUAUUUGUACAGAUAUGGUAUAGGGACGCACUCCAUCGUUGCGUGUUCGUUAAUUUCAAAUUUCUUCUAUUUCUCGCGGGGUAGAGCAACUUGGUAGCUCGCAAGGCUCAUAACCUUGAGGUCACGGGUUCAAAUCCCGUCUCCGCAACA